AAAGUUUUCUUUGUAUCAAUUUACUCACUUGUUGUUUUACUCAGAGUUGAAAUUUUCAAUUUUCUUUUAAACGAUGCCAAUCGAAAAGACAACAUUCCACGAAGGUGGUGAUAAUGAUAAUGUUGUUACAUUAUAUUCAUUGACCAAUGGACGUUUAACGGUCAAAAUUAUUGAUUAUGGUGCGACAAUCAUACAGAUUCGAUAUCCUGAUCGUGAUCACAUUGAACGUGAUGUUGUACUUGGAUUCGAUGAAUUUGCCAGUUAUAAAUCGAAACUGAAUCCAUAUUUUGGUUCGACAAUUGGUCGUGUUGCAAAUCGAAUUGCGAAAGGAACAUUUCGUUUGAAUGAACAACAAUAUCAACUAUAUCAGAAUAAUGGUGAAAAUAGUUUACAUGGUGGCCUGAUUGGAUUUGAUAAACGACAAUGGAAACUUUCGAAUGAAGCAGAUAGAUCAAUAACAUUGAUGUAUGAAUCAUUCGAUGGUGAAGAAGGCUAUCCUGGAACCUUAAUCAUUAAGGUUCGAUUCGAAAUAACCGAUUCGGAUGAAUUACAAAUCGAAUAUGAAGCUCAACUCAAAAAUCAAGAUUUGUUGAACGUUAACAAAACAAUUGUUUCAUUAACAAAUCAUUCAUAUUUUAAUCUAAAUGGAUGUUAUGAUCAAGAUUCGUUGAACGUUCUGGAUCAUAAAAUUUGUCUUUAUGCUCGAGAAUUUCUUGAAGUUGACGACGAUCUAAUUCCAACUGGCCGUAUAUUACCGAUAAAAGAUACCGUUAUGGAAUUUGCCGAACAACCACUUCGAACAAUUGGUGAACGUAAAUUUCCAUAUGAUCAUUGUUACGUGCUUGUGAAUGAUUCAAUCGAAUGGAAAUGUACAACCAGGCGACCUUUACGAUUAGCUGCAGAAGUUUAUUCACAACGAACUGGAAUAAAAAUGUCAUUCAUGACCGAUGAACCGGCAUUUCAAUUCUAUAUCGGCGGUUUCAUACCAGAACACGGAUUACAGACGAAAAAAACACAAACAUCCGAGAUGAUCUCAUUGGGAAAAAAUUCCGGUUUCUGUCUCGAAGCACAACGAUUCCCAGAUGCUAUCAAUCAUGAUGGCUGGCGUAAGCAGGUAAUUCUGGCCACAAACGACAUCUACAGACAACAAACUAUUUAUCAAUUUAAAAUAGCUAAUAUUUGAACUGUUUUUUUAAUUUGUACGAGAAGAAAAAAAAUCAAUUGCACACUUAUUGAUCAGCUUAGAAUAAAAAAUGAAUGGGAGAGAAAAAAUUGAAGAAUAUUCACUACUAAUCGAUCGGAA